CAAGGCGAUGUAAUACGACGUACUAGUAUUUCAAACCCAAUACAAAUGUUUAAUACAAGGACCGGCUUGUGCGCCUGUUUUCGUUUAUCUGUACGUCCCGCAGGCCCGGGCGGGUAAGUGGUGAAAGGUUAGAAAACAGCAAUGGGUGAAGUAGUUUGUGAGAAGAAGUCAUGGCUUUCUGUGAUUUGGCAAGUUUGCAACGCUUUCAUGUCUUUAUUCUUCGCUCUUGCAACAUACGUACAGAUCAAUGAUCCAGACGCAGGGUUAUGGAUGGUCGGUUAUGGUGUUCCUGCAGUCCUGUGUGCAUUUCUAAGCUUGAAACCACACGUGACAGAGACUUUGGCGUGGAGGCGUGUUGCUGAUCUCCAUGUGAUGAUCUCCAGCGCUGUGGUCGCCAUGUUGGGGUGGAGGGUUCACAAAGAGAGAAUUACAGAGAUCUUCCAACAGGAGGAGGGCAGAGAAUUUUCUGGUCUCAUGUUGACUCUUGUUUGGCUUCUCCUGUGUCGUCACUCUGGAAGGUCUCCAGUCGGGAUGCUCAGAGUCUCAACAGCUGCUGCCAUCACGGUCUUUCCCUUUGUGGCUUGGCUUUACUACUACAUCAACAAAGAACUCAGACUGAACUGGCCUUCACAUUGCACAACUGCCUUAUAAACUUCAACAUCUUACCUUUUUUUUUUCCUGAAAAUAUUCCUCUCGUUUGAUUUUUUUGACUGAAUAUCUUGGACCAAGAAUGCUGCUUUAAUAAAUGUUUGAAGUAUGAUUAAAUGCAAAAAUAUGACAUCCA